UACAUUUUCAAAAUGGCCGCGUCCAUGCGACGAGUGUGCAAAACAUGUUUUCAGAGAAAGUUCUACAGGACAUUAUUUAAGACAAAUCCAUGUGUUGUUGUGCCAGAUAAAGGCUACAAGCGAUGGGUUCCAAAGAUCGACAACAUGUUGUAUAAUCGCAGACUUGCGGCGGGUCCGGAGGUGGAGAGACAUCGGUCAGAGUGGAUCAACUGGAAUUAUGAUGCUGAAGUAUAUGCUUUCGGUAAACGACUGGGUGAGGAGUUUGAAGAAGGUACGCUGCGGAGAGCUUUGACACACAGGUCCUACAUAGAGAAAGAAGAAGAAAGGCGAAGAGAACUGGGUAUUGACCUUGAUGCCGCACCGCUUGGACUUUCAGAUAACCAGGAAUUAGCCGCUAUUGGUGCUGAGUCUAUGAGUGUGUACAUCAAGGCCUAUCUGCGCCAUGUGUAUCCCCGCUUGUUUGAAGAAGGCGUAAGUGCUAUACAUGAUCAUUUGAUAUCAACUGAAGUGCUGUCCAAAAUAGCUUCACAUAUAGGACUGACGGACCUCAUCCUUUGUCAGGAGUUUCCUGUGGGCGCGGGGACUCAGAGUGAUACACUCCAAGCAGUCAUUGGAGCGCUUGAACAUGGCCAGGGCAGAGACAGAGCUCAUCUGUUUGUUCGCGACUUUGUGCUGCCCCAGCUGAUAGAAACAGACAUGGCAGAGCUGUGGACUGUCCCCAACCCCAUGGGGCUCCUCACCGACAUACUGGCGAGGGAGGGCCGGCCACCCCCGGAACCCAGGUUACAGUGGAGUUCAGCUUCCCAGACCGUGAUGUCCCUGUACUACGUCGGCAUCUACUGUGAUGGACAACUCCUGGGCCAGUCUCCAGGUGAGACUCUGACGAUUGCAGAGGAGAUGGCAGCUAGAGAUGCAGUGAAGAACCAGCUGGGACUCGCGGACAGCCGGUCCCCACUCCCCCUCGGCAGCCUCGCCAACACGCUACAGCUCGACUUUGACAGAGUGAACCCAUGUGUGGCAGACUUGACAGCCUUGGAAGCGUCUUCGAUGUAGGACUUUGUGUCAGAAGUGCUGUAAACAAUCAUACAUCAAAUAUGGAGUGCACUGCGUGAUGGCACAUUGAAGAGGAUUGCUCAUCACUGAAGCCUCCUUGCAAUUGAUGCCUAUGUGACAGACAAAAUGAAAGUGCCCCCAGUAUUAGUGUUGUGGCACAAGGAUUCAUCAAUCUCUCAUUGCCAGCACUGUCACCUGCAAUUAUAUGUACAUCUUCCUGAGGCAAGGGAGUUAACUGACUGUGAAAGUCCAGUUUCCACCCUUGAUAAACUAGGCUGGAGUUUCUGGGCUCUAUUGUAGCGCCGCCAGUGGCUAUUACCAGUUAUGUCCCUUCUAUGUUUCUAUUGACCAAUCAGAUUCCACGUAUCAUUCGCAUAUGUUUCAAACAAAAUGGCAGCGCGCAGUCAAGGCGUUCAGAUCGUUAUGCAAGAUCUAUAUCGUAAUAAAAUGGGUCUUAUCUCGCGAAGUGCAUCACAUCAGGUGAACACCUUGAUAACCAACAUGAAAAGACUCUGUACAAGAAGCAUUGAGACUGAUGUGCCAGCGGAAUAGUCACAGGUGUUGUUAAUUUUACAUAGCAUGUAGCAGGCAACUGAUGUGUUCAGUGUUACAUUGUGAUAAAAUAAACUAUUGAAAUACUA